UAUCGCAAUCAUUUAUAAUUAUAUUGAAGCACGGCACCGGAACCAAUGUGCAUGGGUUAUAAGGAUAAGGGACACGUUAUUAGGGGAACAAGGUGAAAAGGGUUGCCGCGUGGUUGUGUUGUAAGGCGUAAGCUGUGAUGCUAGUCUAAAUAUAUAUCACUCUGGAUGUAAUAAUAAACUGUGCGAUAAACUUCAAUAAAGCCUCCUGAGAAUCUGUAUUAUCAGAUACAGUUGUUGAUGUUACAGAAACAUUACAUGGUGUCAGAAGUGAAGAAGAAUGGCGAAAUUUCACCCUCCCGACAACUUUGACUUCAGCCGUCCGGAGCUAUGGCCGGAAUGGAGACGGCGAUUCCUCCGAUACCGGAUCGCAACGAAGCUCGACAAGGAAUCGGGAGAAGUUCAGGUAUUUUUUCCGCAGAUUACCAUUUGGCAUCACAAGUGCCCCAGAAAUCUUCCAGCGUGAGAUGACAGAACUAUUCAAGCAGCAAGAUGGGGUCGCGGUGUAUAUGGAUGAUAUCCUGAUAUACGGCACCACAGAAGAAGAACAUGACAGAAGACUGUCAGACGCCCUCCAGAUAAUUGAAGCUGCAGGUCUGAAACUCAAUAAAGAGAAAUGCCUAAUGCGUCAAACACGGCUGCAGUAUUUAGGACACUGUGUAGACGAGCACGGGAUACGCCCUGAUCCAAUGAAGGUAAAUGCUAUAUCAGAGUUACAGCCACCCAAGAAUACAUCUGAAUUGAGAAGAAUUCUUGGUAUGAUACACUAUCUAGGAAGAUACCUACCUAACCUGUCAGAGACAACAAGACCCCUGAAUGAAUUGCUAAAGAGCAGUUCAUCUUGGAACUGGAGUUUAGCACAGGAACAAGCUUUCACAAAGGCGAAAAGGCUAAUUUCAGAAGCACCAGUUCUAGCUUUCUAUGAUGCAACCAAGGCUACUACAGUCAGUGCAGACGCAAGUAGCUAUGGAUUAGGUGGAGUCCUACUGCAGAGCCACAAAGGACAAUUAAAGCCAAUUGCAUACUGCUCAAGGACACUAACGGACACAGAGAGACGCUAUGCACAAAUAGAAAAAGAGUGCUUAGCUGCUGUUUGGGCAUGUGAGAAAUUCUCCAAGUACUUGUACGGUCUAGAUACUUUCACACUUCAGACGGAUCACAAGCCAUUGAUACCGCUGAUAAACAGCAAAGACUUAGACUGUGUACCGCUCAGGUGCCAGAGACUACUAAUGCGCAUGAUGAGGUACAACCCACAAGCAGAAUAUGUACCUGGGAAGACAUUAGUAGUGGCAGAUACAUUGUCUAGACAUUGUUCACCAGCAGUCCAGCCUGAAAUAGCUGAAUUGACAGAAGAGAUAGACGCUUAUGAAGAAGCAGCACAGGCGGCAUGGCCAAUGUCUAGAAGCAAACUAGAACAAGUCAAACAGCUGACUAGCGAGGAUCCAGAACUGCAGACAGUGACCCAGUUUGUGAAAGAAGGAUGGUCAAAAUACGCAGCAAAUGUACCAGAGAGCAUUAAACCCUACUAUUCUGAGAAAAAUUGCCUCUCAUUAUCAAAAGGAAUCCUGCUGCACGGUAACAGAAUAACGAUUCCAAAAGGUUUGCGUCAGGAAAUUAUUGAACGACUGCAUGAUGGUCACUACGGCAUCACAAAGUGUCGAGAGCGUGCCAAAAUGAGUGUUUGGUGGCCUGGCAUAGGAAAGGAAAUCCAGAAUACAAUCCAGGCAUGUAAAGUGUGUCAAGAAGCAAAACCUACCCAACACAGAGAACCACUGAUGACGACUCCACUACCAGAUAGACCCUGGAAGAGAGUUGGAGCUGACAUAUGUGAGUUACAGAAGAAACACUACUUGAUUGCUGUUGACUAUUUUUCUAGAUACAUUGAAAUUGCAUAUCUCCCAGACAUGAUUAGCGAUACAGUGAUCUCUCGCCUAAAGAACAUCUUUGCUAGAUGGGGCUGCCCAAACGAACUUGUAACAGACAAUGGACCACAGUUCAAAGGAAGAGGAUUUCGAGAGUUUGCUAAAGCUUACGAUUUCCACCAUGUAACAAGUCCACACUAUUCGCAAGCCAAUGGAGAAAAGAGCAGGAAGAAGAGAGUGAAGAAGGUCAAAAGAAAACUCAAGCAACACAAGAGCUACCUGAUAUCGAAGAGCCUGAUCCUCCUCAGAGUCCUGUGA